GCAGCGGUGGAGACCCAGAGCACCAGCUCAGAGGAGAUGGUGCCCAGCUCUCCUUCUCCUCCUCCUCCUCCUCGCAUCUACAAGCCAUGCUUUGUGUGCCAGGACAAGUCAUCUGGUUAUCACUAUGGAGUAAGCUCCUGUGAGGGCUGCAAGGGUUUCUUUCGGCGCAGUAUCCAAAAGAACAUGGUGUAUACCUGCCAUCGAGACAAGAACUGUCAGAUCAACAAAGUGACCCGCAACCGAUGCCAGUACUGUCGGCUGCAGAAGUGCUUUGAGGUUGGCAUGUCCAAAGAAGCGGUGCGUAAUGACAGGAACAAAAAGAAGAAGGAUGUAAAGGAGGAGGUGGUGCUGCCAGAGAACUAUGAGCUGAGUGGAGAACUGGAGGAGCUGGUCAACAAAGUCAGCAAAGCUCACAAAGAGACCUUUCCAUCUCUGUGCCAACUAGGAAAAUACACUACAAAUUCAAGCGCUGACCACAGAGUACAGCUGGACUUGGGCCUGUGGGAUAAGUUCAGUGAGCUGUCCACUAAGUGCAUUAUAAAGAUUGUGGAGUUUGCCAAGCGGCUACCAGGCUUCACUACGCUCACCAUCGCUGACCAGAUCACCCUCCUCAAAUCUGCAUGUCUGGACAUCCUGAUGCUGAGGAUAUGCACUCGCUACACCCCGGAACAGGACACAAUGACCUUUUCAGAUGGCCUGACUCUCAACAGGACCCAGAUGCAUAAUGCUGGCUUUGGUCCGCUCACAGACCUGGUGUUUAGCUUUGCUGGUCAGCUGCUGCCUUUGGAGAUGGACGACACAGAGACGGGACUACUCAGUGCCAUCUGCCUCAUCUGCGGAGACCGUAUGGAUCUGGAGGAGCCACAGAAGGUAGACAAGCUGCAGGAGCCGCUGCUAGAGGCUCUGAAGAUCUACACCCGCCGCAGACGCCCAAACAAGCCUCACAUGUUUCCCCGCAUGCUGAUGAAAGUCACAGACCUCAGAGGAAUCAGCACCAAAGGUGCAGAAAGAGCCGUCACACUAAAGACAGAGAUCCCAGGCCCCAUGCCUCCACUGAUCAGGGAGAUGCUGGAGAACCCAGAGGCCUUCGAGGACAGCAGUGACUCAGGGGACAGCACUGCAGCCGCUCCCCCUGCCAUUCAAGCCGUCAAACAAGAGGAGAAGGCUACGGAUGAGUCAACCGUUGAGGAGGGAGAGGAGGAGGAAGAGGAGGAGGAAGAGGACGACUACUGGGAUGAGGAGAAGGAGCGAGGGGCGGACAGUGACGGGGAGCCGGCAGGGGAGGCGGCAGCGGGCGUGCAAAAGAAAGGUGUGACUGGGAAAACGCAGUGAGAGAGACACAAUGAUGCUGCUUCUUCCUUCAGAUCACUGAGCCUUCGCCCAGCAAUAUCUCCUCCCAGAAACCUCACAGAAUUAGGCUCUUAUACAACAAUGGUGUUGCAUAAAGCACAUAUUUAAAUAUACUGUAUAUGUUGACUGAAAUGAAAAUGUGUUAAAUUCAGUAUAGGAAGCAAUGAGUGGGAGAACCAAAAGCACUAAAUGUCAGUGAAGAGAGCUCCGUGAAAAAUCACUGUGCCAAAAUGAGACUGUCUAAAAGAUAUUUCAAAAGUGUUUCGUCUACCAAAAAAGGAACGAGAGGUGGUGGACAGAAGAAAAUGCACUCCUCUGCUAUCUAUAAGGGCUAUGCUUUGUAUAAAAUUGAUGGUAAAAAAAUACAUUGCAACAAUAGAACUCGAUGAGGUGUCCAUUUGCCGCAAAUGUCUUUUUAUUACUAUUCAGAGAUAUGCGACUUAUUUUUUUAUUGUAUGGUUUUUCUAAGCAUGUACACAUUUCUGUUCUGUCUUUAUGCCUGUUUGUGGGACUCUGUAUUGUUUCUUUGUCCUGCUCACAUUUGACUGGACAUAUAUGUUUUUUUUAAGCUUGUCGUUAUUUUGAUGUUUUCUGCGUUAUUGGACACAGUGAAAAGCAAUAGGAAAGUUAGAAAAGAGAGCAAUAGCAAAGAGAGAACAGGUCACGAGCAGGACUCACAAUAUGACAAGCAUGUGGUAUGAAAAUCUCUGAUGGGUAAAACAUCUGAAAGAGAUUAAGAAGAAGACUGUAAUUUCAGCUCUGGUGCUUGUGAUACAAAUAAGACUCUAACAAAUAAUGCUAAACAAAUUCAGCAGCAUUUCUCCACCUCUUGACAAAAAUGCACACUUACAAUUUUAAAUAUAUUUAGACUACAAAUCUGCAGGGUAGAUUUAAUGUCAUCACACAAUCUCAGGUUGAUUCCAUAAGGGCCACAUUUCACCUAUCAAUACAGUAUUUUAAGAAAACCGUUGGUGUGAAUGCUCCGACAUAAUGUGGCCAUCUUCAACAAAAAAAUCUUCUUACACCAGGUAAAAGGGAUAUUAAAAAAUCAAGUUUUUCACUAUGCUGUACAUGCCCUUGGUACAGUGUACACAGAUACGCGUAAGCCAUAGUAGUUUCAUUUUGUAAGAGUGAGCAAAGAAUCAUCCAAACAGACAUAACCCUGAAAAGCAGUUUACUUCACAGAAAACCUCAGGUGUGUAUGUGUGUGUGCAUGAGUGUGUAACUGAGAGAAUUUACAAAUACACAGAGUGAAGUUGUAGACAUGUGACGUUCCUGUCAUUACUAGUCAUGUUCAGUGAGCAUGUAUGCAGAAGCCCAAUUAUUAAAAACGCACAUUAUAAAGGAUUUGUAGCAACAACAUACCCAAAGACUUCUGUUGGACAAUAGGACGGUGAUGCCGAUGCAAGCUGACCAAGAAUCAAACGACCAAUCAACUGAGGUUGCAACCGUCCAACAUAAUUAACAACAAAACAAUAGCUUUACAUUGGAUGACCUGUCCGCUGAAGCACAGGAUAAUAGUUUAAAGUAAUGUGUGUUCAUGUGUGCUCGUAUCUAAUAAGUGAUGCAAUACAUGGAUUUUGUAAAAUAAAUACUUAUACUUAGUUUUU